AUGGAUACUCUCAACCCUCAUCGGCAGGCGCUCUUGGCCACGAGAGAGCGCGCUGCAAUGGACCCAGAUUAUCACUUCCGCCGCAAUCCCCAUGAGCGCCGUCGUCGCGCCCUUGCUAAGCUGGACGAAGCUCCCUUUGGCUGGGCACAUAUUCACACCGUUAUCAUCACCGGCCUUGGGCUCUUCACCAGCGCCUAUGAGAUGUUCGCCAUCAACCUGGCGGUCACCAUGCUGGGUAUUGUUUAUUGGCAGGGCGAAGACUCUGGUUCUGGUAAGAUUCCUUUCGGCCUGGAGGCUGCCAUCAAGGUCGCCACUCUUGCUGGUGCUGCGAUCGGACAGCUCCUCCUCGGUUGGCUCGCAGACCGUAUUGGCCGCAGACGCGUGUACGGCUAUGGACUGAUGGUCAUUAUCUUUACUACUCUGGCUCAAGUUAUGUCCUCUUCCUCUCGUGCCCUUAGUAUGUCUGGUCUCCUGAUCUUCUGGCGAGUAAUUAUGGGUGUUGGAAUUGGUAGCGUCUAUCCUCUUUCUUCUGUGAUCACUUCUGAGUUUGCUACCACCAAAUGGCGUGGUGCCAUGAUGAGUGCCGUCUUUGCCAUGCAGGGCUUCGGCCAAUUUGCAGCUGCCAUAACCGCCCUGAUUGUCACAGUUGGUUUCAAGAAGUCCCUGGAGAGUGCCAAGGACGUUGCUCACUGCACUGGAGCUUGCCAGCUCGCUGUCGACAAGAUGUGGCGUUUUACCAUCGGACUAGGGGCUAUCCCCGCCUGUUUUGCACUCUAUUACCGUCUAGCCAUCCCCGAGACGCCUCGGUUUAACUUUGACAUCACUCGCGACAUCAUUAAGGCGGAUAAGGAUGUUCGCACCUACCUGAGGAAACGGAGGGCGAACGGCACAAGGGAGCCACUGUACACCCCUCCAAUUCAGAAUGGUAUCCCUGACUUUGGUCCCAAGGCCAGCUGGUCCGAUUUCUACGGUCGCUACUCUCAGUGGAAGCAUGGGAAAGUUCUUCUUGCAUUUUACGGUCUUGAUCUGAACAACUCGAUUACCCUUGGCGCUAUUAACCGGACUGGUGCCAAAAACGUCUACGAAAUUCUGUACCGCAAUGCUGUCGGAAACCUUAUCUUGAUCUGCGCUGGUGCCAUUCCUGGAUACUUGGUUGCCAUCGCCACUGUUGACAAGAUCGGACGCAUUCGUAUUCAACUCCUGGGGUUCCUCAUGCUGUCUGUCUUUUUUGCCGUGAUUGGCCUUGCCAACCUGGAUCAAAAUGACAGCGGCCUGCUGGCUCUUUACGUUUUGACACAAUUUUGCUUCAACUUCGGGCCCAGUACAACUACUUUCAUCGUGCCCGGCGAGUGUUUCCCCACACGCUACCGCGCUACUGCCCAUGGGAUCAGUGUAGCCGUCGGCAAGAUUGGCGCCAUUAUCUCGCAGUGUGUCUUUGUUCCUCUUGUUUACCGGGGUGCAAAGGCGCCUGGCGAUGCACCCUGGCUCGAUCAUGUUAUGCAAAUCUUCUGUGGGUUUAUGUUUUGCGGCUUUGCAACGUCCUUCUUCAUCUCCGAGACCAAGCGCCAGAGUCUGGAGGUGCUUUGUGGAGAGAUGGAUCCGCCUCCUCGAACCCAGCAUGCAUACAUCAGAGAUGAAAUCCCACUUCGAGCAGUUGGGCCUGUCCGUGUCGGAAACCCCGUAACUGUUUCCGCCGCCCCAAGAAAGCCUUAG